CUUUGACACUGUAGUCCUGAUUCUAUCGAAUCCCACAUCGCCAAAAUGGGUCACGAAGAUGCUGUGUAUCUUGCCAAGCUCGCCGAGCAGGCUGAGCGCUACGAGGAGAUGGUCGAGAACAUGAAGAUCGUCGCCUCUGAGGACCGUGACCUGACGGUCGAGGAGCGCAAUCUUCUCUCGGUUGCCUACAAGAACGUCAUUGGUGCCCGCCGUGCAUCUUGGAGAAUCGUCACCUCUAUCGAACAGAAGGAGGAGUCCAAGGGCAACUCCUCGCAGGUCGGCCUAAUCAAGGAGUACAGACAAAAGAUCGAGGCCGAGCUUGCCAAGAUCUGCGACGAUAUUCUCGAGGUUCUGGACCAGCACCUGAUCCCCUCCGCUAAGUCUGGCGAGUCCAAGGUCUUCUACCACAAGAUGAAGGGCGACUACCACCGAUACCUCGCCGAAUUCGCCAUUGGUGACCGCCGAAAGGAGUCCGCCGACAAGUCGCUCGAGGCCUACAAGGCGGCUACCGAGGUUGCUCAGACCGAGCUGCCUCCUACCCACCCCAUCCGCCUGGGUCUCGCGCUGAACUUCUCUGUCUUCUACUACGAGAUCCUGAACGCCCCCGACCAGGCUUGCCAUCUUGCGAAGCAGGCUUUCGAUGAUGCGAUUGCUGAACUUGAUACCCUAAGCGAGGAGAGCUACAAGGACUCGACUCUGAUCAUGCAGCUUCUCCGAGACAACUUGACCCUCUGGACCUCAUCCGAGGCCGAGCCUGCCGCCGAGUCCGCUGCUGCUCCUGCCCAGGAGGCCGAGAAGGCUGCCGAGGCGCCUGCAGAGGAGACCAAGGCCGCCGAGUAAAUCUGACUUACCCCUCAACCCGAUGAUAUCUAAAGGAGACAAGACGGAGAGCGCGGACUUUGGGCGGACAUUGGUGUCUAUGGAGUGUGGAUUGAGAACCCGUCUCAUUUGAGAUUCUGCAUGAUUUUUCCGUGGCAAAUACACCGACAAGACUUUUGGGAGGAUUUUUCUCUCUUCCUACGGGCAGAAGAGCUAAAGCACAGCUUUUGGAGGCAAUUCCGUGCAGAAUGCUUUGCCUUUUAGACUCUAAUGCAAUCCCGUCUGGACAAAAUAAACAAACCCUUGCUUUUCUAUAAGAAAUACAGAAAGUGAAGCGUGAA